GAAACUUAUACGGUGACUGUUUAUCAAAAAUAUAUCAAUAAGAAAACAGUACUAUAAUGUUGGUAGCCCCUUUGCUAGUUCUCAUGACUUACGUUACAAUCAGCGACGCUGAAAUAACCGAGGUAGAUGACGAAAGUUGCGAGACUCUACAAUCGGAAAUACGUAUCACUAAAGAUGAAUAUGACGAGAUAGGACGUUUGAGAAGAACAUGUAGCGGGGAUGUAUCGGUUAUUAAAUGCGAAGGAUUCUGUAAUUCGCAAGUACAACCGAGUGUUGUCACUACUACGGGCUUCUCAAAGGAAUGCUACUGUUGCCGUGAAAGUUAUCUAAAGGAAAGAUUUGUCGUCCUAAAUCAAUGUUACGACGCAGAUGGGAUCAAAUUGAUAGACACGGAUGACGAGGCGAUGGAGAUCAAAAUACGGGAACCCGCCGAAUGUAAAUGUAUCAAAUGUGGCGACCUCGCUAGAUAAAAGCAACGACUUGAAAUAUAAAUUAAACGUUCUCUCAACGAGAGCGAAAGCGACGGAAACAGAGAGAAAGAAAAUUGCAACAAUUACACAUGAUAUUUAUAUAGAUAGAAAAAUAAUCAAAAUUGUAACGAUGGUAUAAAAAUAAAUAGUAUUUCCAAUGUAUUUAUAAUAUGAAAAUCUAUUUGUAGCCCCGAUUAUAGCCGAUAAUAGCCGCUCUACACACAUGCACGCAUGCACGCACAUAUACGUGUAUAUAAAUUAAUUUUGUAUAUCGCAAUUCGCAUUGCAUGUUUCGAGAUAUAUAUCAAUUUGAAUAAACUUGUUUUACUUAA